CAUUCAAACAUCAUGGCAGUCUCCAUUAACUCAAAUAUCUCAUGCAGUACGAUUCCCCCUCUGCGCUGCCAUUUCCAGCUAAUAAAUAUUCCCAUCAAGGGAAUCGAUUCGCCUCGUUUCUCCCUUGGGCUCCCCAUCUCGAGGUGGAACAGAUCCAUCGGCGUCGCUCGCAGUCGGAUUGGUGGACGAUCAGCUUCGUUGGACUUGGAAAUGGAGGAACAGCGGAUCGCCUCCGGGAAGAUGGUCUUCCAGCCGAUCCUCGAGGCCGGUGUCUUUCGGUUCGAUUGCACGGCGAGCGAUCGAUCUGCGGUGCUCCCCAGCCUUUCGUUCGCUGAUCCGAAAGCCAGGGAGAAAUCCAUUGAGGCUCAGAUGCUUCCUGAGUUCGUUCCCACCUUCGAGCGCUGUGACGGCCAGCAGACCGUCACGAUUCAGUUUCCUUCUGGGACAUCAUUCUAUGGAACUGGAGAAGUCAGUGGCCCGCUUGAACGAACUGGGAAACGGAUCUUUACAUGGAACACUGAUGCGUGGGGGUUUGGUCCUGGAACAACAUCCUUGUAUCAAUCUCACCCUUGGGUUCUGGCUGUUCUGCCAGAUGGAAAGGCAUUUGGUAUUCUUGCUGACACCACACGCCGUUGCGAGAUUGACUUACGGAUAGCCGCCAUUGUGAAGUUUGUAUCUGCUGCAGUGUAUCCUAUCAUUACUUUUGGACCCUGCAAUUCGCCAACUAAAGUUCUGAUGUCACUUUCUCAUGCAAUUGGAACCAUUUUCAUGCCACCAAAAUGGUCACUUGGUUAUCAUCAAUGUCGGUGGAGCUAUGAAUCAGCUGAGAAAGUUAAGGAGAUUGCUAGAACAUUUCGAGACAAAGGAAUACCUUGUGAUGUUAUAUGGAUGGACAUUGACUACAUGGAUGGUUUUCGGUGUUUCACAUUUGACAAAUCAUAUGACCAGGAACACUUUUCUGAUCCAGAAUCUAUGGUAAAUGAUCUUCAUGCAAGGGGCUUCAAGGCAAUCUGGAUGCUUGAUCCUGGGAUUAAAAUGGAAGAUGGUUAUUUUGUCUAUGAAAGUGGGUCUGAAAAUAAUGUGUGGAUUAAAAAAGCAGAUGGGGAGCCUUUUGUCGGGGAGGUGUGGCCUGGUCCUUGUGUGUUCCCCGAUUUCACACAACAAAGCACGCGUUUGUGGUGGGCCAAUUUAGUGAAGGACUUCAUAUCCAAUGGAGUUGAUGGUAUUUGGAAUGAUAUGAAUGAGCCUGCUGUAUUUAAAACUGUAACAAAAACAAUGCCGGUGAGUAACAUACACAGAGGAGAUCCUGAGCUUGGUGGCUGUCAAAAUCACUUUCACUAUCACAAUGUUUAUGGCAUGUUGAUGGCAAGAUCAACUCAAGAAGGAAUGAAAAUGGCGAAUAGUAACAAAAGGCCAUUUGUGCUCACCAGAGCUGGGUUUAUAGGAAGCCAACGUUAUGCUGCAACAUGGACGGGUGAUAACUUAUCAAACUGGGAACACCUACAUAUGAGCCUUUCAAUGGUUCUUCAAUUGGGGCUUAGUGGGCAGCCAUAUUCUGGACCAGAUAUAGGUGGAUUUGCUGGUAAUGCUACUCCAAAACUCUUUGGUAGGUGGAUGGGACUUGCUUCAUUUUUUCCAUUUUGUCGUGGUCACUCUGAAAAGAGAACUGCAGACCAUGAACCAUGGUCUUUUGGAGUAGAGUGUGAAGAAAUAUGCCGUCUUGCUUUGCUUAGGCGGUAUCGGUUGUUACCUCAUAUAUAUACUCUUUUCUAUCUGGCUCAUACAAAAGGAACUCCAGUCACAAGUCCUGUCUUUUUUGCUGAUUCAACAGAUGCAAAAUUGAGGAAUGUUGAAAAUUCAUUUUUGCUAGGGCCACUGUUGAUUUGUGCAAGGAUCGGGAUUCAGGGAGGACGAUUGGGCGUGCUGAUGAGCACUAUGCCAGAUCAAGGGUCACAUGAAUGUGCAUGUAUCAUGCCAAAAGGAAUUUGGCAACGUUUUGAUUUCAAUGAUUCACACCCAGAUCUUCCAUCUUUGUACUUGCGAGGUGGAUCAAUACUUCCUGUGGGUCAACCUGUACAAUAUGUUGGUGAAACAAACCCAACAGAUGAACUUUCACUUCUUAUUUCUUUAGAUGAAAAUGGUAAAGCCGAAGGUGUUCUAUAUGAAGAUGAUGGUGAUGGGUAUGGAUACACCCAAGGCAAUUAUCUCUUGACAUAUUAUUCUGCAGAAAUCGAUUCUUCAAACUUAACAGUUAAAGUUUCAAAAUCGGAAGGGUCAUACAGGAGGCCAAAACGGCCUCUGCUUGUAAAAUUAUUGCUUGGAGGAGGUGCUAUGAUUGAUGCACAAGGCAUUGAUGGAGAGGAACUGCACUUGGAAAUUCCUUCAGAAUCUCAAGUGGUUAAAUUGGUAUUAGCUAGUGAAGAUUGGUACAGAAAACAAAUGAAAAACGCCAAGAAUAUCCCAAGUGAAGAUGGACUUACUGGUCAGAAGGGAUUUGAGCUCUCAAAGACUCCUGUGGAGCUGAAAAGUGGUGACUGGGCCUUGAAGGUGGUGCCCUGGAUUGGUGGACGAAUUGUAUCUAUGAAUCAUCUUCCUUCAGGUACACAGUGGCUGCACAGCCGAGUUGAAAUUGACGGAUAUGAAGAAUAUAGCGGUAUUGAAUACCGGUCUGCUGGCUGCUCAGAGGAAUAUAAAAUUAUUGGGAGGGAUCUUGAGCAGUCUGGAGAGGAAGAAUCACUUGGCAUGGAAGGGGAUAUCGGUGGAGGAUUGAUUAUCCAACGGAUAAUAUCUAUUGUUAAAAGAAAUCCUAAAAUUCUACGUGUUGAUUCAAGCAUCAUUGCACGCAAUGUUGGAGCCGGUUCUGGUGGAUUCUCACGGUUGGUUUGCCUUAGGAUUCAUCCGACAUUCACGCUUUUGCAUCCCACUGAAGUUCACAUUGCAUUCACUUCCAUCGAUGGUUCAAAGCAUGAAAUCUUUGACGGAUCUCAAGAACUGUCAUUUGAAGGGAACAAUCGCCCCGAUGGUGAAUGGAUGCUGGUGGACAGGUGUGCAGGACUAGCUUUAGUCAACCGUUUUGAUCUCCAUCAGGUGAACACAUGUAUGGUGGAAUGGGGAGCUGGAACAGUCAACUUGGAGUUGUGGUCUGAGGAGAGGCCUGUUUCUAUAGACACUCCUUUGGAAAUUUGCCAUGAAUAUGAGGUCAGGCAACUCUCAUGACUUUGAGACUACCAUUUUAGUCACAAAAUUUAAGCCCGUUGACAAAGGGCAAGGCCCAUCUUUGUAGAGGACGGUUUAAACCCCUACUGGACAUAUUUUUCCUUAAAUUUCUAUGCCACGCUGUAAUUUCAUUAUGCACCAUUAUUAAUCACUCUUUAAUGCC